CCAUCGCACUUUCUGCGUCAGCCUGCUAUCAGCCAUGGCCGACGUGCGCUACACACACGGAACAGAAGUAUACGUGGUGCGCGCAUGCUACCACGAAGACGGGACCGACCUACUUGCCGUGGGUGGUGCACAUUCGGUGGAGGUUCUAAUGGUAACAUCAGAGUUGUGCAAAUGCAUUGCUAGCUUCCACAUUGGUACCCGUAUCACUGCUCUUGCAUGGUCAUCCAAAGUCACCUCACCUUCAGUUAGCGACGUCUGGUCAAUCGACCGCGCUGGAGCCGACCGCGAACUCUUUCUCCUUUCAAAAUCGUCCGGGGAUGACGAGCACAUCUUCCAGUUCGGCGGAGGCAUGACUGGCCAUCAUGGCAAGUGCAACGGGGUCUCGAGCCGACCGCAACCCACAGUAUACGUGGUUGCCUUCCCGCACCCGCUCACCUCCGUCAACUCGCACCCCACCACGAGCAAGGAAUUGCUCGUCUCCGACUGCCGCGGUUCAAUCUUCCUCACAGACUGGCGCACAGAGUGGGAGGAGAACGAGCACGACGCGUGGAAGAACUCGAGCGUGGUCGAGCUCAUCGAGCCGAGGGCGCUGGCGAGCCCUGUGAUUGGGGUGAAGUCUAGGUGGACAGGGUCGGUGUCAUGGCGGAGGGACUCCGUAGACACCGUCGGCGCUGUCUACGGUUCAAGAUUCUCCAUCUGGGAUAUGGGGACCUCCAAGGCGGCAAACCCACCGUCACGGGCGCGAGCUUUCCCGAGGGCAGCACGCUCUUUCGGUACAUGGUGCCCCACCUACCAUGAGUAUUUCGCCAUUGCGAGCGGCUCUCCUGCAAAGGGUGCCGCCAUCCACCUGCACAACGCCAACUACAUCAACGCCGUGCCGACCGUUCUGGGCAUCGCACCUCAUCCUCAAUACGUCCGCACGUUCGACUGGCUGGCGGGGAAGACUAUCCCGAGGAUAGCCGCUGGGGUAGGGAGGGAGGUCGUUAUCUUUUACAUUGGAACGGAGUGACGCGUAGGUGUCUUGCCACAUCAACGAACACUAAUUACAACUUGGACACUAUGUAUACAUAGCAAGCCCGGUGACACCGGGGCGCGCCCUUUCCCCAGUCUAGAAGUCCACGUUAAACUCUAUCUAUACUGCAACCAGCCCACGGAAUGAAUGGUCCUAAUCAGAAGAUCCUGCAAACAUCCCCUCAACCUCCCUGCUCUCACACUCCCUCAGUCGUUUGAUAUCGAGGUGGUCGGGGUCUCGUGACACGACCUUGUACCACCUCGUCCUGUGUGAG